ACACAUAUUUUCUAUGUUUUAGGUACACUGGUGAGGAGGAAUCAUCAAACAUGGCGAUAAUCAGUGUAAAUAUGGUGACUGGAUUCUCUCCAGUGAAGGAAUCAUUAAAUAAGAUUUUUGAGAAGCCCAGUAAGAAUUCACAAUUGAAGCGUUUUGAUAUUGAAGGCAAGACUGUAGAUAUCUAUGUAAACGAGUUCGAACCAGGUGAGCAGGUUUGCGUGACCUUUGACCUGGAGAAAUAUCUAGACGUCGAAAAUGUGAAGCCGGCUGUUGUGAAGGUGUACGACUACUAUGAGCCAGAACAGACAGCUUCUACUCUGUACAGCAUUGAAGAAUGCAAGUAAGCAACUGAGCGAGCAACCAACCAGCAGGAAUAUGGCUAUCGACUUGCCUGAAUAUUAACAAUUAUUUGGGAAAAGCUUUGACGUAGUAGACAUCGUACCACUUCGACCAUCGGACUGCUUUUUGGCUAAUAUCCUUAUCAGCUGUAUUCACAGAGAUUCACAAAACGCAUGCGUCAUCUUAAUAUUAUUAUUCAUCGUUUUCACAUUACCAAAUUAAUGUUUUAAGAAAUAAUUAUAAAUAAAAAAUUAUCUAAAUGUGUACUGCCCUUAUGCAUGCAGUAUAAUAUGUAUUUUUACGGACACGUACUCGUGUAAUUAUUUGUAUACAAAUAUUUUUAUUAAAAAGCUUGAUGGCUAGUCA